UAUGGUCUGCUCAUUCCUAAAUGUAGGUUCCUACAUCCUAUUCGAAUUGAUGUGUGUAAGCGUCCCGUUGAAAGUACAGGUGAUGCGAAAGAGACUCGCCUGCGGCUCGCGUACACCGUGUCUAAGAUGGUAUUGGCUAUCGAUGGCCUCGACGAUUGCAGGAACGGCAUUCAGAUGGUGGUCGUUCGGGCUGCAGACGGACGGUCUAGAGCUACGGUGGGAUCAGUCGAUUCGUCGAGAGGUACCGAUGUGGUUUAGUACGGGUGGGCAGAAGCCUCAGCAAGUGGUGUUUGUUGGGUGUCCACUGGUGCUGCUGAUGGGAGCGACUCGGCUGCUGUCGUGCUGUCCUUAG